AGAAUUUCGGGGGAAAAAAAAGGAUAAAUUAAGCGGAUUACGUCGCGCGCUUUUGCCCCAAAAUCCUCCUUCGUCCAGAAAUGAUUGCGUCGCCGCGUCCCUUUCCAUCCCUGUAGAAUUCCCAAAUCCUCAGCUUCUUUUUCCUUUUCUAUUUUCCCGAGAAAAUAGUAAUCCAGAGCUCCUCUGCGCAUAACGACUCGCCCAUUUUGCCGAGAAAAUUUAUCGACAACUUGGAAUCGAACCCGUACCUGCGUAGAUAAAGCGCCCGCCUUUAUCCGCUCGCCUCGUUUUUGGCGAAAUUCGGGAGUGGAUUUUAUCCGAUCGGCGACGUUCGGGGGGGAUAAAUUUUUCUCUUUUUCCGAUUUCCGAUCGGAUUUUUCUCCGACGAGGGGGGCCGAAGGAAGGAGGAGGAAGAGGUUGAACAUGAUGAGGAGGCAGCAGCAACAGGACCACCAGUCUCGGCCCUUCUACGAGCUCUCCGCCCUCGUUCUGAACCUGCUGCGGUCGCCCCCGGCGCCGCCCCCGUUCCCCGACCAGUCCCCGGCGGCGGCGUCGUCGUCGUCGAGGAGGUCGUCGGCGGCGGUGGCGGCGGCGGCGGCCCAGAUCACGCCGGCGGGGUUCGCGUCGCUGAUGCUGGGGAUAUCGCUGGCCCUGAUGCUGUGCGGAUCGGUCACCUUCUUCAUCGGCUUCAUGCUGAUGCCGUGGGUGCUCGGGCUGGUGAUGUUCCUGUACGUGGCCGGGAUCGUCUCGAGCCUCUCGGUGUUGGGGCGGUCGAUCCUUUGCUACGCCACCGGCCCUCCGACGCCGCGGAAGGAGAUUCCGUCAUGGAAGCUAUUGUGAAUGGAAAGUCCGUUUGGAGAUGUGCUGGAGGGAUGAAUUAUGUCCCGGAGGAUUGAGAGCACAGAACUCGGUCGUUUUGCCAAUUACUACCGCCUUAAGUAAACAUAUAUAGGGACAUUGAGAUUACAGAGCUUUUCAAGUAUUGAUGCAGAAUUGUGGAUACCUUUCUCUUUGUAGAUUCUGCGGGUAUAUUUCGAGAUGGCUUUUCAAGUAGUUAGAUUUAGAAAUGAUGUAUUGUCAAAGCUUCUUUUUGAGGAUAAUACACAGUUCGAUACCUGCUUUGGAUGAUAGCUGGGGAGCUAGUACUCAGUUCCUUUGUAUCUCGCAUUUUCAAAUUUUUAUUCCCACACCUCCAUGUUUAUGUAUUUGUAAUUUGCGGGAGGUCGGCAUUUUCAAUUAUAGUACUUUGAUCCAUAUC